AUUGGAAGAGACCUAUAUGAGAUGCUACAUGAGACAGUGAUAUUUGCCUGAGAAGCUGUAUUGAAUAUCAUACACCACUAUGGCUCUAUACUAUCCAAGCGUGAUGCAAUCCUCCCCUUAUACCUACUUGCCCUUUGGACCAGGUCCUGUGUCUGAAACACCACAUGCUACCAUGUUCCCACCUGUCCAGAUGCACAGCUUCUACAGCAGGCCUCUUGCUGUGAUCAUGGACCAUAACAACCAUUACACUGACAGUUCAGCAAACCAAGUGGAGUACCACCAUGUCUAUGGGGUAAACCCCUACUUCAGUCCUUAUGCAUUCUGGCAGUUCCCUCCGGUAAACUCUCUUCCUUUGUACAAUCCCUAUGCUAACUAUCGUCCUUAUGCAGCCUACCAAAGACCUGGCUGGGAUAUGUGGCCUGAGGGAUUCACCCUGAGAGGGGAGCUCCGCUGGGGUAGGCUUGAGAGGGUUGUGGGACCAAGGAGGGACUUGCCAGAAUUUGUGAAAGAUGAUCUACGAAGAGUUUAUGGCACCUAUCCAAGGACUGAUGUUUCCAUAACCUACCACAAUGGGGAGUUUGUUGUGAAAGGGGACCCUAGAGUAGGAGAACAAGAAUACAGGGUAGAGAAGAGAAUCAUCAGAAAGGAGCCUACCCCAACUGCUAGUGAAGCUGAGGACAGCAGUGAAGAUCGGAACAGGAAGAAGAAAAAGAAGUCAAAUAAAUGAAGCAGCUGGCUAAAAAAUACAGACUGAACUAGCAUUCCUGUCUUUAGACUUCAUUGCCUGCAGACUAGGCAAUAAGCACAAAAAAGAAAACCAGAAGAUGUUUUGUAUUUUUAUUUUAUUUUUGUAUAGCUUCCAAACACUUGAUCCUUAGUAGCUAGGUUAUUGGAGCUUACUAAUAUAUGCACUUGGCUUCUCUUGUGCUCUAGGAAAUGUUGUUCACCCUGUUAGCUCCCGAGUCUUUUGAGUGACUCUAAAUUAGUAGCAAGAGGGCCUUUCCAUCUGAUCAGCCAACAUGUGUAUAUGCAAGUCUGUGCUAGAUUGUUGGCACCCACUUUACAAUUUAACACUAUAUACAUUCUCCUUAAUCUCUUUGCAGAAAAAUCCUCCCUGCCCCUUGUCUUUCUGAACACUGACUACUUCUAAAAAAAAAGAGAGAGUGCUCACUAAGGACUAUUUAGAAACUUAACUUGAGGUGAAAAUAUAAGGUGGUGGUAUAUGGAGAACCUGUUAUUUCACACACAAGGUUGUAACAUGGGACCAGAGUAUAUUUUAACAUCAGCAGAUAUUAAAUUUACAGUGCAUUCCACCCUUUCUAACACGUUAUGCUGUUGGUUCUUGGCUAGUUCUCAAGUGAAACCAACUCAAAGUUGCGCUUGGUCAUCAGGUUGCAGCUAGUAUGUACACAAACUAAUGUGGAAUUUUAAAUAAAGGAAAACAAGCAUGUAUUGCUGUA